CUUCACCUCCCUUUCCAUACACAUCUACUACACUUAACCAUGGGCCAAAUUUUAUCCCAACCAGUCACCGAAAAGACCUCCGAGGAAGGCGCCGACAAGUACCUCGCGUACGGCUUGUCGUGCAUGCAGGGGUGGAGAGUCUCGAUGGAGGAUGCACACUCCACCGUUUUGAACUUGAACGCAGAAGAUGCUAGCAAAGACCACGUUGCCUUUUUUGGUGUCUAUGACGGCCACGGGGGCGAAAAGGUUGCCCUUUUCACCGGAGACCACUUGCACGAGGUUAUUAGACAAACCGAGGCGUUCCAGAACCAAAAUUACAUCCAGGCCUUGCGCGACGGGUUCAUGGGCAUGGACAGAGCCAUCUUGGACGAUACCGUGAUGAAGCACGACGAAUCAGGGUGUGCCGCCACCUCUGCGAUUAUCACCAAGGACAAGAUCAUCUGCGGUAAUGCGGGUGACUCCAGAACUAUCAUGUCGAUCAACGGGCAGGCCAAGGCUUUGUCCUACGACCAUAAGCCGACUAACCAGGGCGAAAGCAUGAGAAUUUACAACGCCGGUAGCUAUGUGGACGGUGGCAGAGUUAAUGGUAACUUGGCGCUCUCCAGAGCCAUUGGUGACUUUGAGUUCAAGAGAAAAACCAACAUUCCUCCAGAGUUGCAGGCUGUGACUGCCAACCCCGACGUUAUUGAGCACACAUUGAGCGCGGAAGACGAAUUCAUUGUCUUGGCCUGUGACGGGAUCUGGGACUGUUUGUCCUCUCAGCAAGUGGUCGAGGUUGUCAGAAGAGGGAUCCAGGACGACAAGACCUUGAUUGAGAUUUGCGAGAUCUUGAUGGAGAUCUGUUUGGCCCCUAACACUGGCGGUGCUGGGAUCGGUUGUGACAACAUGUCUGUCUGCGUGGUUGCCUUGUUGCAGGGUACUCAGACCCUCGAGGAGUGGCAUGUGGCCAUGAAGGCCAAGAUUGCCAAGGACGGUAUCGUCUCUGCGCCGUACGCGGACUUGUCGAGAGACUUGUACGGUAGCGAGCACAGCUUCGGCAGUGAAGACGCCACCCCGCGCGCUCCAGCCGGGCCAGUGGCCGGUGCUCCCCUGGGCUUCAGCUUAGAGGAGUUGUUGGCUAGAGACGCUGUUCGUAUCGAGAACGGUGCUGUUUACUUUGACCAAUCCGCGGCGGCCGACUUGAUGGCAAACUUUGGGAUUGGUGGUCCUUUGAGCGCGUUCAUCAACAAUGACGACGAGGAAAGCGAGGCCGAAGCCCAGAUCAAGGAGAUUGAGGAGGAUGAGAGUAAGAAAGAGGAGACCGAUGAUGAUGAGGUCGCCAAGUAGCUUUGUAUGCCCCUUCCCCUUGAGUUCAUCUGCCUAAUUCUCGCAGCCAUGACCCCCCUUUCACUUCGCCCUUUUGCACAUCCCCACCUAUUGUAUCCUAUUUAGACACUUUGUCUCUUUUUCUAUUCCUAAUAUUUGUUAUCGUUUUGAUUCCCUUUUUUUUUUUUUCGUUCUUCUGGUUCGUCUGGUUCGUUGAUUUAAACGUUUUGUUUUCUUCUGAUGAAGUUGUACAUGGGCACCGCACUGGCUGGGGUAUCCAAUUUAAACAGAUUAGCAGUAUAGAUGGGUUUGAG